GCACAGUCGUCGCCAUCUUCAUUUCGGUCAGUCCGCCGCGAACAGUCGUGGGGGUAGCGUCACUGUAGCGUUUUAGUAAAGGCACAGGCUUAAUACAGCCGGUCUUUUUAAAUCUUAGUUUUUUGUAAGAUUUUAACGUAUCAGUGUAAAUCAACCUAUCAUUGUGACAAUAUUUUAAAUAGUCGGGACUAUAUUCGGAGUGCAUCAGUGUAAUUUCGCGAUCUCCGCGACUCCAUUUCUUUGGUUUGUGAUAGGCGAAGUGCAGAGGUGAAAAUGAACGGUGUGAACGGUCACAGCAAUGGCGAGGCUGGGGGCGCGGGAAGCGCGGGCGACAUCAUCACGCAGAACCAACAGCGCGGCUGGUGGACCAUCGGCCUCAUCAACAGCCGCUAUCGGUACCUCACCGCUGAGACUUUCGGAUUUAAGAUAAACGCCAACGGCACCAGCCUCAAGAAGAAGCAGAUAUGGACCCUCGAGCCCGCCUCCGGAAACGCCAAUGACAGCAUGAUCUAUCUUCGCUCCCACCUGGAUAAGUACCUGGCCGUGGACUCGUUUGGCAACGUGACCUGUGAGGCAGACGAGAAGGAACCCGGCAGCAAGUUCCACAUCAGCGUGUCCGAGGACGGUAGCGGACGGUGGGCGCUGCGCAAUGUGGAGCGCGGCUACUUCCUGGGCUCUAGCUCCGACAAGCUGACCUGCACUGCCAAGACUCCCGGCGACGCUGAGCUCUGGCACGUGCACCUCGCCGCUAGGCCGCAGGUGAACUUGCGGUCGAUCGGACGCAAGCGAUUCGCGCACCUGUCCGAGUCACUGGACGAGAUCCACGUGGACGCCAACGUGCCGUGGGGCGAGGACACACUCUUCACGCUGGAGUUCCGCGCCGACGAGGGUGGCAAGUACGCUCUGCACACCUGCAACAACAAAUAUCUCAGCGCAGGAGGAAAGCUGGUGGAGACGUGCACUGCUGAGUGCCUGUUCAGCGCGGAGUACCACGCGGGCGCGCUGGCGCUGCGGGACGCGAGCGGGGCCUACCUCGCGCCCAUCGGCUCCAAGGCGGUGCUCAAGACGCGCUCCACCAACGUCACCCGCGACGAGCUCUUCUCCCUCGAGGACAGUCUGCCACAAGCCGCAUUCGUCGCAGCACUCAACGACAAAUAUGUCUCCGUCAAACAGGGUGUGGAUGUGACGGCGAACCAGGACGAGAUCAGCUCGCACGAGACGUUCCAGUUGGAGUUCGACUGGGGCACGCGGCGCUGGUACAUCCGCACCAUGCAGGACCGCUACUGGACGCUGGAGGCGGGCGGCGGCAUCCAGGCCAGCGCAGACUCGCGCUCCUCCAACGCGCUCUUCCAACUCGAGUGGCAGGGCUCCGGCGCCGUCGCCUUCCGCGCCAACAACGGCAAGUACCUCACCACCAAGCGCUCCGGACAUCUCUACGCCAACGCCGACCAGCCCGACGACAACUGCAAGUACUACUUCUACCUCAUCAACAGGCCGAUCCUGGUGCUGAAGUGCGAGCAGGGCUUCGUGGGCCCCAAGGGCACGCGGCUCGAGUGCAACAAGGCCAACUACGAGACCAUACAGGUCGUGCGCGGCCCCAAGGGGGAGGUCUACUUCAAAGGUCGCGAGGGCAAGUACUGGCUGGCGGACAGCGAGGGCGUCACCUGCGACUCGGACCUGCCGCAGGGCUUCCAUCUGGAGCUGCGCGAGCCCACGCGCCUAGCUGUGCGCGCGGCGCAGGGCGGCAGCUACCUCGCCGCCCACAAGAACGGCGCCUUCCGUCUCGCCGGACCCGACCUCGCCAGCGCCACGCUCUGGGAGUACUAGGCCCCGCCCGCGCCCACGCCCACGCGCCCACGCCGCCCACACAUCACACGCUCAUCUGAAUCUCAUCCACAUAUCGAUAUCAUCUCUUUUUGUCAACAUUGAGUCGCAUUUCUUUGAAGUUUAUACAUGAAAUACUAAACUGGGCGCUCA